GCACAAAUCAAGGGCGUAUUCAGAUGCUUAUUAUGUCGUCUUAAUUAAUUAUUAGGUAGCCGGCCUACAGCUUGAAUUGGAUGCUCAUCGGACAGCAAGAUCGAAAUGAAUCAGCUACCACCGGCGAGAGCCUACGCGAAGGUCGACGACGACAUCCCCGUUAUGGUGAGCAUCACGGUGCCAUCCGGAAUAUCUUCAGUGCAACGCAAGCCCGUGGAUCUCGUCGUCGUCCUCCAUGUGCGCAGUGACUGGAAGGUACCCAAGAACUGCAUGAAGCUGCUCGUAGAGGCUGUGAGCAUUGUCGCCGAGACGCUUGGGGACGAUGACCGCCUAGCGAUUCUCCCCGUUCAACCGUCGUUAGCGCUGGUGUCUGCCGCCGAGAGCAGGGAAGCGGCCUCCGCUGUUUCUACGAUGGUGAUCAAAAGUGUCACCUUUGAAGAAAAAAGAGAUGGAGUAAACACGUUGGCGGCAUCACUGCUAUCGGCUGAAUCGAUCUUGUUUGGCCGUGGGCAAGAUGAUAAGGAGAAUCGUGCUGGACACAUCAUUGUCAUCUCCAACACAAGCGAUGAUGGCGUGGCCCCCGUCGAAUCCCUUCUCCAACCCUGGAGAUUUCCCUCGGUCCACGCCUUCAGCUUUCAUAACUCUCGCAACACGAGGACCAUGCACAGCAUCGUUGCCAGUAGCUGCGACUGCACCUAUGCCAUCUUGGAUGACGAGCAUGGCAACACAACUGAUGCCUUCCGCACCACCAUCAGGAGGAUCACCUCCUCUAUGCCGAUAGAGGUGAAGCUCAUUUGCGAGGAGAAAAAUGUGGUUCUGUCCUCCAUUCAAGCCCCUCUGGUUAGCUACUUCAUCUCCUCUGACAAGAAGGCCAUCACCAUUUGGGCCAAUGCUCACCCAAACCCAGCUGCUAAUAGUGUGGCAACCACCAACUACAUCGUCAACAUUCGCAAUAAGGGCCAAGCCACACUCUUUCUUGAUCAGGUGCCCAAUCUGUUGAAAGUUGAAAAUGUCCAGAACAACAACCAGCUGCAAUCAUCAUUGGCUGAAAACGUUGUUGUGGCCAUCCACGAGGAUACGAUGGCAGAGAUGGUGCGGCUCGAGGCUAUCAAAGUUGUGGAUCGUAUCUCUGCAAAUGAUAAUCAGGAUUGGGAGCAGCGCCAUGCGGCCGCAGACGAGCUGCGUGGAUGGUGGACGAUGACCAGGAGCAACAAGUUGUAUGCCAAAGUGGACUGGAAGGCCAUUGCCAUCUCCAGGCUUGCUGCGGAGAUGCAAGAGAUGGAGAUACGAUUGUACAACGACUACUUGUGGAAGGAGUACAUGCUGUCGUGGUUGUCACACCAACGGUGGCAGUUGCCUCUGCCGCCGCUAUUCAUUGACAGGCAAGCAACCGAUGAUGUUCCAGUGCAGCUGGAAAUAAAUGCAAAGCGGCUGGGUGGCACAAAUUUGGCAGAUCAGAACAGGCAAAAACAUGGUGUCGCGGUGCUGGCAUGUGUCAAGGUGCCAGAAACCGGGUUGGCCAAGCAGAAGACCCCAUUUGUCGACUUGGUUGUCAUACUCGACGUAGGCUGUCAAGCCAUAGAGAUGGAGGGGAAAGCUCGGGAAAGGCUGCAGAUUCUUAGCGAGGCCACGGGUGUCAUCUUGGAUAAGCUCAAACACAAGGACCGUCUUGCAAUCAUACCCGUCCAAUCCUCUCUAACCAAGCAUGGAGCAUCCCUCUUGGAAAUGUCGGAUCAAGGGAGGGAACAAACCUUUACCAAGAUACAGUCCUUCAUAAACCUUGUGGCCAGGAAAUCGACUAAACAUGCCACGCAGACCUGGAGGGAGAAGCUCAAGAACACCGUGAAGUUCGCAAGGAAUUGCAUCCAUAUCAGCUCCGUCAACUCGUCCCUUCCCACUCCGACAUUCCCUGCAAGCCAACACGCAAACUCCACAACUGCACGAUCAGCGCCAGCUGCUGCAGAUGGCAUCAGCUGCAAGCUGUCGAAAGUAUUGUUGACUAAUGCCAUUCAGAUGCUAGAUAAUCGGCCACAAGAAGAGAAGGAUCGUAUGGGAGCCAUCAUUGUCAUUUCUGACAACCAUGACAAUUCCAUCUGCAUGGAAGCACUAAGUACCAACUACAAUAUCCACACCUUCGGCUUCAAUGGAAUGCACAAUGUCAGGGCCAUGUACAACAUAGCAAGCAGAUCCAAUGGCAUGUAUGACUUGCUUAACGAUGACCGCAACUUGAUCACAGAGGCCUUCAUAUCCUGCAUGAACAAAAUUACCUCCAUCAUUGUCCUGGGUACAGAGGUAGACAUGAUAUGCAGCAGCUCAAGAUCUCCUGGUGUAGCAUUGUCUACCAUUGAGUGUGGCCAAUUUGAGUCAUUUAUGAUCGACAAUGCCAGGAAGUCUACCAUCAUGGUCGGUGCCCUUCAUGCCACUUCAGUGAAGAACUUCCUGUUCUACAUGGAUAAUGUCCGUGAGGACGACCAUGACAAUAUCUUCAAGUUGUUCACAGUUCAUGUCAGGUGUCUUCCAACACCAAACACGGUGGAUGAGAAACUCAACAAUCAAGUAGAGGUUAUCUGGAAUGGAAUUGAUGGAGAAAAUAAUGACGAUGUAGUGGCUAGCAUUGCCCGUGUCGCUGCCGUCGAAAUCAUCACUAGAAUCACUGACCCCAACUAUGAUCAGAAACUUGUGGGACGCCUCUCCAGGGAGAUGGAGACGAUGCAGGACAUCAGUUUGAGAGUGAUGGAGAAGAUAAAUGGCAACCUGCAGUAUGUGGAGAGGGCUGAUCCCAGUUACAACGAAAAACUGGAAUAACGCCUCCCAUGGGAGAUGCUCCUGAAAGUUUAUGAGUACAAACAAGCAGCCGAGAAGGUUCUUAGAGAAAGGAAGGAGUUAGCGAAGACGGCGCAGAGGCGGGUCUUUCAACAUUCAAAGAUCUCAAAUGUCCACCUUGAACAUCCUGGAUACACCACUUUGCACUUUGAUGGAGGAGAGCCUCACCAAAGAGUUGGAGGAGAUGGAAGCCAAUCUGCUGAGGGAGAUAUUUGAUCCCAAUUACUAUAUAAAGCUGGUGGAUCGUCUUGUGAGGGUAUUAUCUCCUGAAGGUUCCGGUGGCAGUACUCGAUAUGCCGGCAUGAGGCACAAGCUCACAUUGGUGAUAGAGAACAUGGAGGCCAACCUUUCUGGGCUGAUAAACGGUUCCACUAACAAUAAACAACUGGUGGAACAACAUGUAAGUAACAUGUGCAAGAGUUGUUCCAACCAUGCUCGAGCUCACGGCCAGGUCCGUUUGGCAAUGGAGAUGGAGAAGAUGAACAUUCGCCUCGGGAAGGAAAUGGUGACGAUGAUAUGUAGGCAGAUCAUUGUUCCCGUGUACUAUAAAAACCUUAUGGCACGCAGUGCUAUGCUGACGUGCCUCACUGAUUCUGAAAGCCAAAGAGCAAAUGGCAAUGCUCUCUACGCAUUGACGAUUGAGAAAAUGGAGAUCACUCUCGUGAUGGAGAUGGACAAGGUGGAGGCCAAUCCAGAGCGUAUGGAUAAAAUUGUUAGUAAUUACAAUGAAAAAAUGGUGGUACUUCUCGUGAGGGAAAUGUUCCUCGAAGUUUCCAAAUAUGCACAAGUUGCUGGUGAGGCUCGCCUGUCGAGGGAGAUGGAGGAUAUGGAAGAUAGUCUGGUAUACAAGGCGACAACAGAUACUGAUUACCCUGAUUACUACAAAAAACUUGUAUCUAACAAGCUAUCAUACAUGCUUUCCUGGCUAUCAUUUCAAGGGUCUUGUGAGCAACCGCCACAUUAGCAGAUGUUGAUCACUACUAAUGUCUGGAGGUGACUAGUAAUGGAUUUUACAUGUGGUUGGUCAUGCUGCCUGUAACUAAAGACCUACGGAAAUGAACCAUUUCCACAAGCGGGUGACCAGCCACCUGACGUUUGACGAGAAGUUUUUCAUGGACGGACAUCCUAAUCGCAGACACAUAUGAAAAUGUUUUCUACAGGCGGUGUAGCAAGGACAGCUGCCUGAAAAUGAUUCUUUUUUUCUCUCUAUGUACGUUGUAUAUACUGGAGAGCAAGUCAUCAAUGACGUAUUUGCAAUUUUGACUGGUUCAAUGCGAGUUUCCUAAUUGUCGACUAUGUAACAUGAUAUGCUAGAGCACACUAGUAGAUAUACUAUAAACAUUUUGAUAUAGUUUCUCAGCUACAAUGUAUUAUCAUAUAUUACUGGCCACUUUUUACUGAUCAA